CUUUGGCUCAUACUCGUUCCAAAUUCUCUCUCUCCCUCUGCUACAGUUGAAUCUGCCAGCAAUUUCACAAGAAAUCUUCUCCCUCUGUACCCAAGCGUUUCUCCAAGCAUUCCUCGAGAGAGAGAAACGAAAGAGAGCGGCGAUGUCGAACUCGAGGCGAGAUAUCGAGCGAGGAACCGAAAAGAAGGGACCCCAGGAAGCCGACGUCCAUUACUAUGCCGCGGCAACAACGGCGUACGUGGAAGAGGAUGGCGAGUGGACCUCGUGGUUGAUCCCCGCGUUCAUCUUCGCCAACGUCGUGGUCUUCGUCGCCGUCAUGUACGUCAACGACUGCCCCGAGAAGAACUCGCGCGUCUACGGCAGCUGCGUCGCCCAGUUCCUCGGCAGCAUGUCGUUCCAGCCUCUCAGGGAGAAUCCUCUCUUCGGUCCCUCUUCUUCUACAUUGGACCAGAUGGGGGCUCUGGACUGGAACAAGAUAGUGCACCAAAAACAAGGUUGGAGACUAAUCACUUGUAUGUGGUUGCACGCCGGUGUCGUUCAUCUGCUCGCCAACAUGUUGUCCUUGGCAUUCAUCGGCAUCCGCCUUGAGCAGCAAUUCGGCUUUGUGCGAGUGGCAACCAUCUACCUAUUGGCCGGAUUCGGCGGAAGCAUUCUCUCUUCGCUUUUCAUCCAGAACCAAAUAUCGGUCGGCGCUUCCGGUGCUCUCUUCGGCCUUGUAGGAGCGAUGGUUUCCGAGCUCAUCACUAAUUGGACCAUCUACACCAACAAGGCUGCAGCUCUUUUCAUGCUGAUCAUCAUAAUAGCGCUCAAUUUAGGACUCGGACUCCUUCCACACGUAGACAACUUUGCCCACAUCGGUGGGCUAUUGACGGGCUUCCUUCUCGGCUUCAUCCUCCUCGUUCGUCCCCAGUUCGGGUGGGAGGCUCACGCCAAGAAGUCGAAGCACAAGCCUUACCAAUACUUGCUGUGGCUUCUUGCCCUUGUUCUAUUGAUCAUCGGAUUCAUAGUCGGGCUGGUGAUGCUGUUUAAAGGAGAGUCCGCGAAUGAUCAUUGCAGUUGGUGCCAUUACCUGAGCUGCCUGCCAACGUCAAGAUGGCACUGCGGGAACUGAUGAAAUCUGCAGAUGAAACUCCCAAUCCUCGUCAUCGAUCUCACGUGUUUUUUUAUCUUCUUUUUCUUCUUCCCAUGGAUACUCAUGAUUCGAUUCGAUUAGGAUACAAAACUUGUCAUGUAAAUGCUCAGAUACAGAACUUGCGUACACAAUAAGGUUUCUCGGAAAACUAGGAAAUAUAUACCAUCGGUUUGAUGUUAA